AAUUCAGUCUCUCGAAACUGACAUACUAGCAUUUAUUGUUUUUUAUUGCUUCUCUAAUGUGGCUUUUGAAAGAGACACCAAGUACCACAUGUUUAGAAAGGGUUUAAAAGUUUGACGUGUUGAAAGUAAGCCAGUAGAGACAGAACCAGGGAACUGGUGCUUCUGUGGCCAUUUGCACACCACAGACAGUGAUGGAUAACUCCUCUGUCUGUUCCCCAAAUGCAACUCUCUGUGACGGUGAUUCCUGCCUAGUACCUGAGAGCAACUUCAAUGCCAUUCUCAGUGUGGUGAUGAGCACUGUGCUCACCAUCCUCCUCGCCAUGGUGAUGUUUUCUAUGGGAUGCAAUGUGGAAAUCCACAAGUUCUUAGGACACAUAAAGCGGCCAUGGGGCAUCUUCGUGGGCUUUCUCUGUCAGUUUGGAAUCAUGCCUCUCACGGGCUUUAUCCUGUCCAUGGCCUUUGGUAUACUCCCAGUACAGGCUGUGGUGGUACUAAUUAUGGGUUGCUGCCCUGGUGGAACUGCCUCCAAUAUCCUGGCCUAUUGGGUAGAUGGCGACAUGGAUCUCAGUGUUAGCAUGACCACUUGCUCCACACUGCUUGCCCUUGGAAUGAUGCCCCUUUGCCUCUUCAUCUAUACCAAGAUGUGGGUCGACUCAGGAAAAAUUGUGAUUCCCUAUGAUAGCAUUGGCACUUCUCUGGUUGCCCUUGUUAUUCCUGUUUCCAUUGGAAUCUUUGUGAAUCAUAAAUGGCCCCAAAAAGCGAAGAUCAUACUUAAAAUUGGUUCCAUCGCAGGUGCCAUUCUCAUUGUGCUCAUAGCUGUAGUUGGAGGAAUACUGUACCAAAGUGCAUGGAUCAUCGAACCCAAACUGUGGGUUAUAGGAACGAUAUUUCCUAUAGCUGGAUACAGCCUGGGCUUUUUCCUGGCGAGAAUAGCUGGUCAACCUUGGUACAGGUGCCGAACCGUUGCCUUGGAAACUGGGAUGCAGAACACACAGCUGUGUUCUACCAUAGUACAGCUCUCCUUCAGCCCUGAGGAACUCAACCUUGUGUUCACCUUCCCACUCAUCUAUAGCAUUUUCCAGAUCAUCUUUGCAGCGAUAUUUUUAGGAAUUUAUGUCGCAUAUAAGAAAUGUCCUGGGAAAAAUGAUGCUGAGUUUCUAGAGAAAACAGACAAUGAAAUGGACCCCAGACCAUCAUUUCAUGAGACAAACAAAGGAUUUCAACCAGAUGAGAAGUAGGCACUAAGAAGACAAAAAAAAAAAAAAAAAAAAGAAAGAAAAGAAAGCUUACAGAACAGCAUUCAUUAAACUACAACUAUAAUUAUUUCUUUUGGUGGAGUGAUGGCCAAAAAAAAAAAAUGUUAAAAGUUAAAUUCAAAUUGAAAUUAGUUAUUGUUUUAUGUAUAAAGGGACUAGUGGCCCAUUCUUUAGUGGGUACAUGACUCAUUUAUCAGUAUCUUUGGGAGACUGGUCACAGGAUAUCCCUUGGUACCAAAUUCACAAAAGCUUAAGUUUUUUCAUAAAACGGCAAAGGGUUUGCAUUUUUCUCCAUAUACUUCAGAUCAAUACUAGCUUACUUAGCAUAAUUAACAUUAUGUAAAUACUGUGUAAAUAAUUGUUUCAUUGUAUUGUUUAUGGAAUAAAAUUUUUUUAUUUGUGA